AUGAUGUACAAUUAUGUUGCUGUGGUGUUUGUCACUGUUGUGCAAGCAGACAAAUGGCCUGAUCCGAAGAGUGAUCCAUUAAUAUAUAUCGCAAACCCUAUUGAAGCUAAUAUGCCAGGACACUGGGUGCCUGGCAGUAUUGUGAAAGCUAUUUUAGAAGGAGCGAUUACAUUUACACAUCAUACCACAACCAAAACUAAACCGACCUUGUCUUGGAUUACGUAUGCAGUGACCAAAGAAGAUUUAAAAUACCGUGAAAAAAUGAAACAAACGCAGACGCCUAAUAGUAAAAAAGAAAAGGUGAAAACAGAUCAGAGUGAGAACUCUGAAAGUAACGCCACCUCUGGUAACAGUACAUCGCAGGAAACUGAAGAACAAACAGAUCUGGAAUCAGAUGAAAAAUCUACACCAGCAACAGAAUCUACACCAAAACCGGAAUCCACACCAGAACCGGAAUCCACACCAGAACCGGAAUCCACACCAGAACCGGAAUCCUCACCAGAACCGGAAUCCACACCAGAACCAGAAGCUGCACCGGAACCGGCAUCCGCACCAGAACCGGAAUCCACACCAGAACCGGAAUCCACACCAGAACCAGAAUCUACACCAGAACCGGAAACAGAAUCUACGCCAGAACCCGAAACCGAGCCCACCACUACAACAACUCGUCGACGCACUAAACGGAGGCGUGAGGACAAAGGACAAAACGUGAACGGACGACAAGGGCCGAUAUGA